UCACUUUCAAAUGAAGUAUUCUUUUGCACAGAGACCUCAUCGGUAUUUACUCCUCGUUCAGUAUCUGUCAUUUUGUGUUUUUCAGUCUGUGAGUGAGGCCUGAGUCAGGAGUGAAUCAGCACUGCUUUUGAUUGAUGGACAGCUUGGUGGGAAACAAGGCCUCAGGAGAGCGAGAGUCAGAUAACAGUAGUGAAAGCAUCGCCACGGCAAUAUCAUCUUUCAGUCUUCACUGCCACUCGUCUUUCACAACAUGGCCUCUGCAGUAGCACCGUUCUCCUCUGUCGCUAUCUCUUUGGGGAUGUAGAAAGACACAGGAUACACAGACACAUUCCUGCAUGCUGCUACAGAGGAAAGCUUGGGAAGUGUCUUCAGACUUUAAGGUCCCUAACAGAUGGACAAACUGUACUGUCAUCAUUACAACUACUGUUACCUGGUAUGGGAAUCGUUUUAAUGUUUCAAAGGGACUCGUAGGACAAUAGAAGUUAUAGGAAGGUGCUGUCUCUGAUUUUAUAUGUUCCUGUGUAACAUCGAAGGCCAAUGCGUGUGGCUCGAGAGCCCAUCAUGGCCAGACCGCUGCUGAAGAUCCAUCGCUAUUUCCGGCGUAAACCGGUACGCUUUUUCUCUUUUAUCCUCCUCUACCUCACUGCUGGCAGUCUUGUUUUCCUCCACUCCGGAUUCUCCAGCAACACUUCCACCACUGGAGCUUCUGGAAGCGGCCGUGACCCACUUAUAUCUGAAGGUGGGGCCAGCACAGGUGGUGGGAGCUCUACCGCUGAGGGUCUCGGGCUCCUAAGAAGGGUAUUUAAGGAGACACGGAGAGCCCCCCGGAGAUUUAGACCCCCGUGGAGGAAGGAAAAUGGGGCACAGCAUGUACCUGAGUGGGCCGGAAGAGGAGUCGAACAUACUAGCAGCUGGAGCCAUGGAGCCAAAGGAAAAACCACCAAGGAGAUGGAUAACGGGAGAGCAAAGUACAUCGGCUGUUACGUUGAUGACACACAGAAACGGGCUCUUAGAGGGGUUUCCUUUUUUGACUACAAAAAAAUGACUGUCUUCCGUUGCCAGGACAACUGCGCUGAGAGGGGUUAUCUCUAUGCAGGUCUGGAGUUUGGAGCUGAGUGCUACUGUGGCCAUAAGAUCCAGGCACCCAACGUGUCAGAGAGUGAAUGUAAUAUGGAGUGUAAAGGGGAGAAAAGUAACCUCUGUGGAGGACCUAAUCGACUGUCCAUAUAUAGACUGGAGCUGAGCCAGGAGUCAGCCCGCAGAUAUGGGAGUGCCAUCUUCAAGGGAUGUUUCAAGAGGCCAGAUAACGUGACCCUGGCGCUUCCUGCUAGUGCUGUUAUUAACAACAUGUCAGUGGACAAAUGUGUUGACAUGUGCACAGAGAAAGAAUUCUCUCUGGCAGCUUUGGCUGGAGAAAAAUGUCACUGUGGCUUUCCUACACCGCUCUUUACCCUGCAUGACCAUGAGGAUGAGGAGCUGUGUCUCCAGCACUGUGCAGGAGAAGACUUCGAGAGCUGUGGAAACAGUGACUUCUUUGUAGUGUACCAGACCCAAGUGCAAGAUAAUCGUUGUAUGGACCGGCGUUUUUUGCCCACUCGUUCCAAGCACUUAAUGGCACUAGCUAGUUUUCCAGGCGCAGGAAAUACAUGGGCCCGUCAUCUUAUUGAGCUGGCUACGGGUUACUACACUGGGAGCUACUACUUUGAUGGCUCACUGUACAACAAAGGUUUUAAAGGAGAGAGAGAUCACUGGCGCAGUGGUAGAACUAUAUGUAUCAAGACCCAUGAGAGCGGCAGGAAGGAGAUUGAGACCUUUGACGCCAGCAUUCUCAUGAUCCGGAAUCCUUAUAAAGCCCUCAUGGCAGAAUUUAACCGGAAAUAUGGUGGCCAUGUUGGAUUUGCCUCUCAGGCUCAUUGGAGGGGGAAAGAGUGGCCAGAGUUUGUGAAGAACUAUGCUCCAUGGUGGGCAUCCCACACACUAGACUGGCUGAAAUAUGGGAAGAAAGUUCAAGUUGUACACUUUGAGGAUUUAAAACGGGACCUUUUCUUUCGGUUAAAAGACAUGGUCAUCUUUCUGGGCCUAGAAGUCUCAGAGGACCGUCUGCUGUGUGUGGAAGGACAGAAGGAUGGGAACUUCAAACGCUCAGGGCUGAGGAAGCUUGAAUAUGACCCUUAUACUCCAGAAAUGCGUGCCACCAUUGACGGGCUAAUUAAGACUGUGGACAUGGCACUCAGAAAGAGAAACGUGCCAGCUGUACCUGAAGAGUACAGGCCCAGAUGAUACUGCACUCCUCACUUUGCUUAUGCUUUUUUCCCACAACACACUUCCCCUCCCAGCUAUACUCAUUUUUCCCUAGUAUAUGAAAUUGGUCAUCAUAAUUUUCCUUGUUUGCUUUCAGUUUUAAGAAUGGUAUGUUUCACAGAAAUGAACUGCUGAAAAACCCU